GUUAAGAAACGCUUUUCCAUUAGAAACUUUGCUAAUACUAGGUUAGCAACUAAGAUAAAAACCUAUUACGUGCGUAAGCAUAGCAAUGGGUCUAAUUGCGUAAACUAAUUUUUUAAACAUAUGAAAAUCAAAAGCAAGCAACUUCAAAUUGGUUCCUAUUCACAAAGUGACGUUGGUUGUUUGCACGCAAUCUAUUGCUUGAUAGUAAAAGAAAUUCAACGUCUGCGUUUUCGAAACCAAGCUCCAACGAGUAAUGUUGUUUCGGCUUGGUGUAAAAAAUUUGUGACGCUUUUUAUUUAUCGACUUUUACGAUUGAUUGCGGAAAUGUAAUCAUUACGGCGCGACCAAUCAAAAUUUUUUAUAGUAUAAACUGUAUAUUUAUUUUAUUGUAAAGUAAUUUAAAGUUUUAUAACGGUACUACGAGCAGUAAUGUCGAUUGCCAAAUCUUUGAAACGUUCCUUGUCGGAUGCUGGUGGAUCCAAAAUUUCCAAGCGAAUAUGUUUUCUGCAACCAAUGACAUCAGAUUAUAAUUCUAUUAAUUUGAAUUCCGGGAUAAAUGUGGUAGGACGAAACUCUGAAACUGGCAUAAGAGAUGUCCAUUGUUCCAAGCGACAACUGGAACUCGACGUAGACAUGGAAAAUACACGAGCUAAAUUGCGAGUAAUUGGUGAAAAUCCUUGCAGCGUCAAUGGUUUAAUGAUAAUGCAAAAUAACGAAUGCAAUCUAGAGCACGGAGACAUCAUUGAAUGUGUUUACGGUAAACUUCAAUUUGAGCUACAAUUCAAACCGUCACCUACAGCGGAAACGAAAAUUAAAAAUGAAAAACAAAACCAACAACCCACUAACGAAGAUAAAUCGAAUGAAAACAGCGUAAGUAAAAAUGGUUCGGGAAAAUGGGAAUCCGUAGGAAACGGAUCUAUGAUGGUAUACAACGACGAUGCAGUAAAAGCGUCAAACAAAAUAGCUGGAUAUGAUAUUGAUGGCACAAUUAUUACCACCAAGUCUGGUAAUGUUUUUCCAAAACAUACCGACGACUGGCAAAUAUUAUACCCCGAAGUACCAAAAAAAUUAAAAUCGUUAUAUCAAAGUGGAUACAAAAUUUGCUUUUUCACCAAUCAAGGAGGUAUAGGAAGUGGCAAAAUAAAAUUGGAUGAUUUUAAAAGAAAAAUAAAAGAUAUACUAAAAAAAUUAGCGGUACCUGUACAAGUUUUUAUCGCUAUCGAAGAAGGUCACUAUAGGAAACCAUUGAUUGGAAUGUGGCAAUAUUUGGUGGAUAAUAAAAACGAUGGCAUUGAUAUAGAUUUAAGCAAAAGCUUCUUUGUUGGCGAUGCGGCCGGACGGCCAGAAAGCGGCAGUGGCAAGAACAAACGUAGGAAAGAUCAUUCUUUGGCAGACCGUAGGUUUGCUGCUAAUAUAGAUGUGUCUUUUUACACUCCUGAAGAGCACUUCUUGGGUAAACCCACGGAGCAAUGGCUGAAAUCAGAUUAUAAGCCAAGCGAGAUUAUAAAUAACACCGACAUCCCGCUUUUGGAACCGAAAAAUGUGGAUAUUCCUGCUGAUAAUUGUGAAAUGAUUAUUAUGGUGGGCUUACCCGGAUCCGGUAAAAGUUAUUUUUGUCAAGAGUAUCUUGAACAACAUAACUACACUAUUGCCAACGCUGACAAAGCAGGAAGCACUCAGGCAUGUCUUAAAAUAUGUGAGAAAGCUUUGGGAGCCGGGACAUCUUGUGUCGUGGACAAUACAAAUGUGGAUGUUGAGUCGCGGAAAAAGUUUAUGACGCUUGCAAAGAAAUACAAUGUCCCUUGUCGUUGUUUUGUUAUGAACGUGCCAUUGGAUCAAGUACGUCAUAAUAUAAAAUACAGACAUCUUACGGAUAGUAGCCACUCAAAGAUAAAUGAAAUGGUUUUUAAUAUGAUGAAGAAAAAAUUUAAAAAUCCAACAGUGGACGAAGGCUUCACACAUAUUGUCAAAGUAAAUUUAAAACCGAAAUUCAAGAGUACAACGGAGGAGCAACUAUACAAAUUAUAUUUAUUAGAAAAAUAAGUGCUAAAUAUUAAGCUGAAUAAUACUAAAGUUGAAUGUUCCUUUCUCACUAUGUGAUCAUUAAUCUAAGGUAAAUAUGCGCUUAGCAAUAUCAUCUAUAAGCCAAUCCAUAGCUCCUAAGAGUUUUUCUCCAGUUACCGCACUCACACCCACAACUAACCAAUGAUGUGUGGUUAUAUCGUCAAGCUCAAGGACCUACAAAAGUAAAUAUAUAUAUAUAUAUAUAUAUAUAAAUAGAGAUACAAAAAUGUUUUUUAAAAUAAUUUACAUCUUUGAUAUCAUUUGCGCUAAGUGCUCCAGGUAAAUCCUGUUUGUUUGCUAGUACAAGCAGUGUAGCGCCAGCAAGACGUUCCUCUUGUAGCAAAACUCUCAGUUCUUGUUUACAUGAUUCAAGGCGCAUACGAUCUGCGCUGUCUACCACCCAUACCAGGCCAUCAGUUGAUUCGAAGUAAUUUCGCCAGUAUGAACGAAGUGAUUUCUGUCCACCCACAUCCCAGAGAUUCAGCAUAUAUCCAUUAUGUUCCAAAGUUUUAAUAUUAAAUCCCAGCGUGGGGGAGAUUGUGUCUAUUGAUUCACCAUUAAAUCUCUUUAAUAUGGUUGUUUUACCGGCAUUGUCUAGUCCUCUGGUGGGUGAAAAUAUAUACCAUAUAUAAGUAUGAA